CUGAGAGUACUUUUUCACAUUACAUCGAGUGCAGUGGAAGAAAUAAGCGCGGGGAUCGCGGGGUCAACGCUCUCCCCACCGACUAUCAUCCCUUCCUCUCACUUCUCUCUCAAACCCACAAUGAAGGUUCUCUGUCUACACGGGAAAGGCACAAGUGGAAGCAUCUUCCGCUCCCAAAUUUCCUCAUUCCGCUCCAGACUACCCAACGAAUCUAUUGAAUUUGAUUUCAUCGACGGUCCAUUCCAGUGUAACCCAGCUCCAGGCAUAGAUCUAUUUUAUAGCCCACCCUACUAUUCCUUCUGGGAACGGGAUGAUGUCGACGCCAUCCGAGCUGCCUAUAACUGGCUGACCGAAUACAUCGCCAAGAACGGCCCAUACGAUCUCGCGCUUAUGUUCUCCCAGGGCUGUGUGUUAGGCUCUACUGCUCUCCUACUCCACCAGGAAGAGACACCCCACCUCCCGCCACCCUUCAAAGCUGCUAUUUUCGUCUGUGGAGGCGCAUCCUUGAUCAUGCUGGAGGAGCUGGGUUUCCAUGUAUCAGCCGAGGCACGCGAGCGCGAUGCUGCGUCUAGGACUGCUUUGGCUUCGCAGGCUGGGUCCUCGGCUGUGCUCGCUCAAGGUUCCAGUCGCUGGACUGGUCUCGAGUCGUUGGACAGUGGAUUGUCGGAGGAUGAAUUGCGGGCUGAGAUUAGAAGUCCAUUCCAUAUUGACAUUCCCACUGCGCAUAUAUACGGUGUCAAGGAUCCUCGGUAUGUGGCUGGCGUGCAUCUUUCUGGAAUCUGCAAUCCGGAGAAACGCCGCACCUAUGAUCACGGUGGUGGGCACGAGAUUCCGCGGACGGGUGCUGUCAGUGAUAAGAUCGCGGAGAUGUUCCAAUGGGUGGCUGCGCAAGGGGGUGUUUGAAAUUGAGCAUUGCUCAUUUUGGAUGCUGGGUUGGGCUACUCGUCUUGUGAAUUCCGUUAAGUUUCUUCAUUCAUAGAUUCUGGAUAAAUAUAUACAGGGAACCAAUGCAUAGUUGGCAUUUAUACCCCAG